CAUCCUCCCUGACACUUGUUGCUGCUGCGAGCACCACCUGAACCGCUUCAGUUUCCUUUGGGAUUUCCCGCGGGGAGUGAUGAACUCCAUCGACCCCCAGUCCCACCACCAGCACCAGCACCACCACACCUCCCCUACCGUCGGCUCUCUCCCACCCAAAGGCGCCCAGGAGGCCCCGGACAUGGCCGCGGUGUACUGCGAUAACUUCAGCAGUAUGUACCACCAGCAGAGCCUCCAGGGCACACAGAGACCCUCCGGAUACGGCCUCGGAGAUUACACAUCGUCUCCAAACCCGUACCUGUGGCUCAACGGACCGGGUGUGAACUCCUCUGCGUCUUACCUGCACGGCAACAACCCGGCGUCCUUCAUCCCGCCCUCCUACGGCUCGCAGCGUCAGUUCAUAACAAACUCACCUGGAUUCGGAGGGCCCGACCUGGGCUGGCUGUCCAUCGCCAGCCAGGAGGAGCUGCUGAAGCUCGUGCGGCCGCCUUACUCCUACUCUGCGCUCAUAGCCAUGGCCAUCCAGAAUGCGCACGAGAAGAAGCUGACCCUGAGUCAGAUCUAUCAGUAUGUCGCAGAAAAUUUCCCCUUUUAUAAGAAGAGCAAAGCCGGCUGGCAGAACUCGAUCCGGCACAACCUGUCUCUGAACGACUGCUUCAAGAAAGUGCCGAGGGACGAGGACGAUCCAGGAAAAGGAAAUUACUGGACGUUGGACCCAAACUGUGAAAAGAUGUUUGACAAUGGAAACUUUCGCAGGAAACGGAAAAGACGCUCAGAUCCGAGCAGUGCAGGAGGAGCAGCGGCGGCAGCGGGGGCCACAAAAGUGGAGGACGGCAGGCCGGCGGUGGGGCCCUCAAUGAAGCCUUCAGACAGUCCUCAGCUCCUGGGGCCACCCUCUCCGGAGAUGGAGCCAAUGAACGAGAGCCACAAGAGCUCAUCGUCCUCUUCGCCGCCCGGACUGUCCUCAGCCGCUCCGUGUUUUAACAACUUUUACAGCAGCAUGUCGACGCUCAGCUCGGGGGGCCCCAGCCGGCAGGGGUCCCUUGGUUUGGUGAACGAGCUGGCAAACAGGAACAUUACGGCCCUGAGCCCGUACCACCUUAACCACGGAGGGCAGGAUACGGGGGCAUCAGAGCAUGGCGAGGGCCUGCAUUUCAACCGUGGAGUGUACUACAACACGUUUGGCGGCGGGCAGGGCGGACAGUUCAACAGCCACUUCUACAACAGCUUCAGCGUCAACAGCCUGAUCUACCCCCGAGAAGGGACUGAGCUAUAGGGGCUGAUUCACCACAACUUCCCCACACUGUUCCAGGGCGUUGCUGCACGGUGAAUCCCUCUGAAACACACAAAAACACAGCCGAGAGGUCAGAGGGCAUGCUGGGUAAAGCUGCUUCUCUGCACCAUGAACACAACCCUCCCUUCACUGAUCACUUCACAGAGAUUAGAGUAUUUUAGCUAAACUUGAUUGAACUUGACAAGCACUCAAACUGUGGAAACACGAGCCGGAAAGUCAAAAGGAAAAACAAGCACUUAUCUUUUCACUUUUUUUUGUUAUUAUAUCAAAGCUCAUACUUUGCUAUUAAUGCCGACUUGCGAAGUAAGACAACCACAGAACACUUGGUUUCUUUUGUAAUAUUUUUUGGGCGGAUACAAUGGGAAGGGUUUAUAUUCCUGUAGUCAAAGCUACUUCAUCAUGUUUAAGAUGUAAAUAUCCUUAGAUAUUUUUGCCAAAUCUAGUCCAUAUUACUUUAGAGUGGCCAAAUGAUUACAUGUGUUGACACUAUUUAUAUUCAUAUUCAACUCAAGUCUGCCAAAGUUGCCUUUGCGAGACCGCCUUUACCUCAAAACAACAAUCAUAUGAGAUGACAGAGUCCUGAAGGGUUCACCUGUACAUUUACACAGUUUCCAAAUGCAGUAACCAUUGAUUUAAUACUAAUAUGAUCCGAGAUGGGGCUUGCCUUAUUUUUAUAUCCUCCAUGUUGAAUGAAAACCACAGCACUAAGGCUCUUGUAAAUACAUGUGGACUUUAUAAAUGUGUAUUUUUUGUAAAUUAUGAAAAAUAGUUUGUGACUAUUUAUGCUAUUUAUGCUAAUAGACAUUGUGUUCCCUACUGUCUGAACAUAGCUUGAUUAAAUCAGAAGUGAAUUACUUUAGCUUACAAAAAUGCGCCGAAAACAGUAUCACUAAAACUCAGAUGUCAUAAAUCUAUAUAUAUUAAAAACGAUAUGCUAUAUCAUGGUUUCUCUCAGGAUUCAGUGUGACAAUCAUUGAAUUGCUUUUGUAUCUAUUUUUGUCUUUUUUUUUAAUCUUUAUACAGUACAUACAGCUUACAGGCAGUUUUCACUGUGACUAUAA